AUUUUGGAAAAUGAAAAAACAAAAAAAGGCCAACUUAUCCAAUAUUCUGGUGAAAGUUAUUUAACAGGAUUUCCAACUCGUGAUAAUAUAGUUAUAGAAAAUGAUGAGGGUUUAUCUGCAAUUCUUAAUAAUGCUUUGGCUAAAUGA